CUACUGUUUCAGUUUCUUUCGUUGAGAAUUGCAGAGACAGGCGAGGGAGAUGGAUUUACAUCGAUGGCGUUGAAUUCUGUCGCAGCGAAUUGUACGGUUUGUUUACUUUGCUGUUCUGAACAGAAAGUGAAAGCUUUCGAAAGCUAAGUAGAGCAUGGAGUCAAAUUUUGAAAAUGUUAAUCAAGUAGAGGCUGGAGCACAAAGCAUUCCCCCUUCCACAGUCUCUUCUCAACCUUGGUGGUGUGGUAUUGGGUAUAAUGCUGUACCACCAACUGUGGUAGUGGAUAAUGCAUCAAAAUCACCUCCAAUGGAAGAGGCAAAUGAUGGGGUGGGGAACAAGGCGAGCCAAUUAUAUGCCACCAAUGGGUUGGAGAAGGGAGCUGAUGUUAGUACAGAAACACAGACUUCUAUGACAGCAUCAUCUGGCUCAGAUGGAAUAGCUCCAACAAUGGGUGAAUGCCUUGUACCACAUUCCCAACUUGAACUUGUUGGUCACUCAAUUGCUUGUGCUCCAUUUACUUAUUCCGAUCCGUUUUAUGGGGGACUAGUGCCUGCAUAUGGAACUCAGGCUUUGCCACAUCCCCAUUUGGUUGGACUGCAUCAUAGCAGAAUGCCUUUACCCCUCGAAAUGGCAGAGGAGCCUGUGUAUGUGAAUGCCAAACAGUACCAUGGAAUUCUAAGGCGGAGACAGUCACGUGCGAAGGCUGAACUAGAACGGAAACUGAUUAAAGACAGGAAGCCAUACCUUCAUGAAUCUCGGCACCAACAUGCUAUGAGAAGAGCAAGGGGUUGUGGAGGCCGUUUUCUAAACACAAAGAAACUUGACAAUAAUGGCACAAAUUCUGCACCUGAAGGCACAGGUUCUGGUGCAGUCCCAUCUACCCAGUCAGCGAGUUCAUCGGGUUCUGAAGCAUUGCCAUCUGAGUUAACUGCUAACAUAGGUUCUUCCAAUUAUCAGAAAGAAAUAAAGGGACCUGUGAAUCAGGAUAUGUACUCCAAUGGCAGCGGGUGCUACCAACAUCAUCAGGGCUUCUCACUGUCAAAAUUUCAUUCGCUUACAGAGGAAAAGGUGGAGGAAGGAGACUGUUCAGGCCAGCAGCGGGGAAUCAUACCUGUGAAUCAGGCCCCAAACAGGGCCCUCACCACCCAAUGAACACCCCUCAUGUGGGGUCCAAGGUCUCUUCAGUAUCAAUACAUUUGGUCCCAUCACGGCACUAUCUUUUAAACCGGUUUAGUCUUCUACUCAUUUGCAUCUUCAUUGGUUCUAAUGUUUGUGAGAGAUCUCUCCAGCCCUUGGAGCAAUGGUAGGAAGGUGAUACUGGAGGCACAAAGGCCCCAUCCCCCCAGAAAGUAGGGAGAGGGGAACCCUUGUUUAUCUGGUGUUUCUGGCAAUUCAUUCUUGGCUUGGUUCUUGUUUUUUGGGGAAGAAUGGGGAGAUAUGGUAGCUUUGUGGCGUGCAACUAUAGCAAUGUUUCUACUCUUUCUUUAUUCCCCAGCUUUUCUCCUGUACAAAGUUAUGCAGUAGAGUUAAAUAUGGUGGAUGUGAAGGAACAAACACCCCCGAAUUUCUUAUGGAAAAGAACAUUUUGGUUUGGGCAUUUCAGAUAUUGAUAAGACAUGAUCUAGGUAUGUAUAGACCUCUUUGAUUA